AAGUUUUUGCAUAAUGCCGUUGAUGUCGAAGGCGAAUGCUAGCUUUGUCUGGAAACAUUUUGGGCACCUGACGUAUCUCAACGGGGGAAAACAGAAGAAAGUUGGAACCGACUAUUAUUGUGAAAGCUGCUUGACGAAGUCAUCAAAUGAGGACGACUCAAAGCCAUUCGAAUCCUGCAAGAUAAAACGCUACGCGUCAACAGUGAGCACGUCGAACAUGCAGGGACACUUGGUGGACGUGCACAAACUGCGAGAUGACAGUAAGGUUGCAUCCACGGCGACAGUAAAAGAUUACUUCUAGAUGGUUCCUAUAGGCGUAACACGACCGUCGUCAAGAAAGACCUUGCUCGCCAAAGACCUGGUCAUUUUGAUCGCCAGAGACCUGCUGCCUUUUAACUUGGUCAACGGCGAAGGAUUACAGGACUUCUUCAUGAAGUAUGGAGUGAUAAAGGAGCUCCAACAGCUUCCUGACCGAACCACCUUGUCGAGGUCAGCGCUGGAUGAUGUGUACCGGGCCAUGCACGGGCAGGUGAAGAAGACCGUGGCUCAGGGGCCGAGGUUCUGUGCCGUCACGUACGACCUGUGGACCGACAGCUACAGGCGGCGAGCCUACAUCACAUUCACUUGUCACCAUGUUGACGAGAACUUCGAGCUCGUAUCGUUGACUCUGAGCACGAGACACAUGACCGAGAGACACACAGGCGCUGCAAUCAUGAACGAGUUUCAAAGGUGCAUAGAAGAAUUCGGCAUGGAGGAAAAGCAAGUGUGUGCAGUUACUGACGCCGGUUCUAACAUGAGGCGCGCAGCGAGUCUCGCGCGCACAGAACACCACUUGUGUGUAUAGGGCAUGGUCUACACAAUUCGGUCAUCAAGGACGGAUUCGGAAGUGUCCCAGAACUACACACUUUGUUACUCAACUGCCGUGAAAUUGUGAAGACUGUACAUUACCGGGCCACCGAACUUGAAGAGAUUGCGGACUCGGAACAGAAUGCGGCAAUACAAUCCAUGGUGAGCACAGCGGAAACGCUCGAACAUGAUGAAAAUGAUUCUGUAUUUGACGAAGGCUGUCAAAACAGUGACCACGCAUGUAUACAAUGCCGCUCCAGUAGCACGGGUAGAAGCAGUCACCAUUAAACUAGACACACCUACGAGGUGGCAUAGCAUAUUAGCCAUGUUUGAAAGCCUCCUCGCCGAUAAGGCUGCGCUGAGGAGGUUGCUGGUUGCAACUAGCCGACCGUCAUUGAACCACGCCGACCAAGCCUGCAACAGACGGAACUUCCGUGUUUUCUUUUUCUUUUUUCCCCUCUCCCCCAGUGAUGUGUUUAUCUCCUCCAGGCCUCCUCUCUACUCUAACCUCGCGGUUGCGGUGUCCUCGCCUGAGAGACAGUUACUGAGUCACUUAAUUACCCCCACUCUUCACCUAUUUUCCCAACUCAAGAAUCUCUCUCUUCGGCUAGGGCACCCGUUCCCUGGUAUUGAAGACUGGUGUCUUGCUGAAUAAAUUGUGAAA